GCCUAACAACUUCUUGGAGAGCCCGUUCGCAGGGCGGAAUUGGGGUUUUUUUUUUCUCGCUCGCUCCCAGAUAGCUUACAUUCGAGCUUUAUGAUCCAUUUCAUUCUAUAAGUUCUCCGUUGCUUCUCUGCCAGAGCAUUCCUGUUGGCGACCAUGGCUAGCCCGGGCGAUGACAUUGUCUCGCCAUUUGGUCCGCUGCAGAAUGAACUGGCACGGAUGAGAGGGGCGAAUCUCACGACUGCUAUCCAAGAUGUCGACAAGAUUAUCGAGUAUCUGGUGGCAGCUAGGGAUCAAGUUGCUGCACCUGACGCUGACCACCACCGAAUCAGCAUGGCAAUGACAACCCUUCAGAAUCCUGUCAAAGAUCGGCUUGAAGCCAUCAACAACGAUCUCAGAGAUGUGACCAAGGCGCAGCGGAGCUUCGGAAAGGCCCUUGACAAGGCCUUGCCGCAGAGGGAACUGCCGAUGGGGACAGAUGCCAUGGCGGAUCACCCCUCCCUCAUAAACCGCGCCAUAGCCAUGCAUCUCGUCCGAGAGGGCCAGUUUUCUGUUGCAUCGACCUUUGUCCGCGAGUCGCGAGACCAGCAGCCCCCCCUUUCAUUAGAGCCCUGGUCUCCCCGUACGGCACGGACCGACGAAGAUGGCGAUGACGACAUGAUACAAGAAGAUGGAGAGGAGGAGAGGCUUACCGGACAUGGAGUCAACAACUAUCCCGAGGACCUCCAAGGGCAGUUUGCAGAGAUGUACAGUCUCCUAUCGGAGCUGAGAAACAGGAAUCUAGGACCAGCUAUCAAAUGGGCACGCCAAAAUAAUAGCAGGCUGGAGUCAGCGGGAAGCAACCUGGAGUUUGAACUCUGCAAAUUGCAAUUUGUAUGGCUAUUCAAGGGACCUGAGGUCAAUGGGCUACCUGAUGAUGAGAGGAAUGGGGAAAUGGGCGCAUUACGAUACGCAAAGGAGCACUUUGCUCGCUUUCAGAGUCGGCAUCUUAAAGAGAUUCAGCAACUUUGCGGUGCAAUCGUCUUUGCACCAAACAUUGAGCAGUCUCCCUACCGGCAUAUCUUCCAGAUCGAUUCGGCAUUCGAAGAUGUCGCCACCUCAUUCACUCGUGAAUUCUGCUCUCUAUUAGGCUUAUCAGCAGAAUCACCACUAUAUGUAGCCGUCACAGCCGGUUCCAUUGCUUUACCCCGACUUAUCAAAUAUAACAAGAAUACGAAGGAGAAGAAAACAGAGUGGACGACGGAGAACGAGAUGGCAUUUGAAACGCCUCUCCCGCCAUCCAUGAUUUAUCACUCCAUUUUCGUAUGCCCUGUCAGCAAGGAGCAGACGACGGAACAGAAUCCCGCCAUGAUGCUCCCUUGCGGACAUGUAAUUUGCAGAGAGAGUUUGCACAACAUGGCAAAAGGCUCAAGGUACAAAUGUCCGUAUUGCCCGACAGAAGGCCAUUUGAGAGACGCCAUUAAAAUCACACUCUGAGACCAUUAUCUUUUUUUAGCAGUUAUGGAAAGGGAGGGUUUGGUUUGGCUUCUACUGAUAAACGAGGAGCGCUUUGGAUCCUUUUUUAAGGCGUUUUACGGUAUUCCGUGUUCAAUAAUGGACUUUGUCUCAAUUCGUUGUUUUCUUCUUCCUUUCUUUAUUAUUUUUUUUUUGUCUACCAAAGCGAGGAUAUCAUCCUUUGAUAGGAUGAUUUGGGGGUCUUUUCUCCUGUUUUCGAUAAGCAACUGGGGCAUCUAUCUAUUUCUUUCAUUACGCUUUUUCUUAGCGGAAAUAAAACCAUAGUAUUGGAUUGGCAGUCAGAUGUAAAGCGCUCUUUUUUUUUGUAGUAGUAGUAGUAGUAGUAUUAGUCCUGUUUCAGAUCAGGAACAAAUCCCAAUAUAUAACGUA